GCCGACGCCAUUUUAUCGAUGGUUCCGUUUUAGUAGACGAACGAUUUAGUUUUUACUGUUUUAUGUGUUAAUUUACGAAAAAUUACCAAUGAAUCUUCAAGCAACACACCUUUAUUUGCACCUGAAAAUUAAUUAAUAAAACGCCAACAAAAAAAUGUGCUCUGAAUUGCAGUCGAUUAAGUCAUCGACCGCUUGAACGAAAAAGGAGAAAGGACCGAUCGCAAACUUGAUAAAACUAAAAAAAAAAUAAUUUCAAUUUAAAAAAAAACGCACCUAGAGACUAGGUUAUCACCGAUUGCGCAGCAAAAAUGUCUGCGGCCGCGCAGCAGCAGCAAAACGCCGUGAACGCGGUCAACAACGGCAACAGCGGCAAAAAAAGUUGCAGCAGUUCGGCAGGCAACACGCCAGCCAGCACGCCGGUCAACGGCGGUCAGGCAACGUCGCAGCACAGUUCCCCGCCCCCCAACAACAACGCCCCCCAAAUACGCAAAAUUUCGAGCUCUUCGAGCACCUCUUCGAGCGAUAUUUACAUGGACAGCGACGGCAAACGUUUUCAAAACGUGUCGACGAGAUUCGAAAGGAACUUGUGUCGCUUUAAAACGAACGCCGGCCGAAAUUUCAAGCGGGGCUUAUCGUGGCGGCUUUCGACAGGUACGCUGGUGCCGAACAGGAUUUUCGUCGGCGGCAUUUCUUCGAACACUACCGAGGGCGAGCUGCUGCAGCUGUUCAGCAACUACGGCACGGUCAAGGCGGCCAAGAUCAUACAGGAUCGCGCCGGCGUGUCCAAGGGCUACGGGUUCAUCACGUUCGAGAGCGAGGACGACGCGAAAAGACCGCUAAGGGAGGCGGAAAACAUCGUGCUGAGGGAGAGGAAGUUGAACAUCGCGCCGGCCAUCAAAAAACAGCCGUUCAACCGAGCCUUCGACGCUUCGAGCCCGCCGGCGGUGGGAGGCGGCGGCAACCCCGCCGCCCAGUUCUUUUUCCCCGCCGGCGCCGGCCCCGUGCCCUUCUACCAGAGCGGCGUCGCCUACUAUCCGCAGCCGCCGCAACCGGCGCCGCCGCAGCCCGCUCCCGGCGAUCCCAACCAGCAGCAGCAGGCGGCAGUCUACCAACGUGAGUACAAUUGUUUUCUGUUUGUGUACGUCCGCAAAAUACCGGUACAACGGUCCCCCCCGGUUUACCAAUCGCAAACCGGCCCCCCCCCAAACGGCCGGCUAUCCAUCGAUGAUGUUUCCACCGGCCAUUUACAUGCCUCAGCAGUAUCCAGUGCCGAUACCGUCAGCCCACGUACGUUCUCCUCGACGGUCUGCAGUACUGAGACCGGCGCUACCAACCCAACAAAAACAACAACCACCAUCAUCAUCAUCAUCACCUACGUCAUCAUUAUUAUUACCAACUUAACCGACGUCGAAACCCCGUUUGCCGAAAGGUUUGGCAAUAAUAAAAAAUUGACUGUUUGUUUCUUUGGACAGUACGACUAUAACUAUUACCAAAACGGCGGGCAUCAGUACAUGCACAAUCCGGGCGGGCCGGGCGGCGGUCCCCCGUGCCAGGCGGCCGCCUCGGCGGGCCUGCAGCCCGGCAACAGCCCGCCGCGACCGCCGUGCUACGGCCCGCCGCAGUCGCAAGGUUCUUCCAGUUCCGCGCAGCAGCAGCAGCAGUCGGCGCAGGCGCAGCAGCAGAUGCAGGCGGCCGCCUACGGCGCCGGCGCUUCGGCGCAGGCGGCUGCGCAGGCCGCCGCGCAAGCAGCAGCCGAGGCGGCCAUGUUCUACAACAUGUCGAUCUACGGCGCCCCGGGCGCCGUAGAGGGCGCGCCCCUCUACUCGACGGAGCCCUUCGACUUAAGCGCCCAGAUGGGCGGACCCUACUGCACAGAGGAAUACUUUACCGCGGAAUUCGAAUGCAACGACAUGCUGUCAUUCUCGUUCGAUAACCCCACCAACAACAACAACGGCAACAUGGAACACCACGCAGGCGGUGGAGGCGGCAACAGCGCCGCAUUACCGCCCCACCAACACUUUCCGCCGCUGUCGGGCUCUUUUCUCAAUAAUCACAUGACCGUCGCGAACAGCGAUGUUGUCGGCAAUAAUAACAAUAAUGAGGAGAGAAAUGCGACGACGCCGGUUGUAAGUUUGUUGAGCAUCGAUCAUCAGCAGGAGAAAGACUUGAGUAGCAUGCAGGGUGGGAGAAAGAAGCCGCAAAUGGUGGCGCCCACCUCGCAAGCGGUCAAUUUCAAACCGUCCAACGGUAUCUUGUACCCGACCUACUCCACUAACAACAAUAACACCACCAACGGCUACCAGCAUCACUAUUUAAGCUACGGCGGUCAAACUUACCACCAUUACGUGCCGGAGCAAAACAAUCGUUACAACAACCGCUUGAAGCAGCGCAACUCGAAAAACUCGUCGCGAUCUUCUCUGCGAACCGAUUCGAACUCCUCUGCGGAGGUGAAAACGACGAACGGCGAGGAGAAAUUCGCGAUUAACGCGACGUUGCCGCAACCGCCCACCGCCUACUCGCCCAUCGCCAACCACCACCACAAGAUGACGCGCACGCUGGCGGGCUUUUUUCAAUCAGGAGUCGCGCGACAAAAUCGACGCUUUAAACAACAACAACAACGACAAUUGUGCGUCUGCGCAGGUGGCCGCGCAGACUUUCGUGCCGCCGCGCAGGAACCGGCGCAGCAUCAGGCGCCAGCACGGCGAGAUGGGGCAGGGCGACGCCCCCGCCUCUGCGGCGCCCUCGGCACCGCAAAAGUCGCAGGACGAGGUGUGCAAGAAGCUGGAGAAUCUCAAGCUGUGAACACACUCACUCACUUGUAUUAAUAUUAGCAGUAGUAGUAGUAGUUCAUAGGUUAAUUGAUUCUCUCGAUAUUUUUUUCUUUCUUUCCUUCAUUCAUUUCCUUACACGUGUGUAUUUGCAAGCAUGUAUAAAAUACAACCGAAAGGGACUUGAUUGAAUUCAUUGCGUUGCGUUUUUUUCUUUUUGUUUUCUUUGCGGCGGGGGCUGCGCGCGCUUAAACGUUUUUUUUUCAGCUUUAUUCUCGAGAACGUCAACCUUAAAUGUAACUGUUUACUUAAGACAGUUAUAUUUUAAGUUAAGUUGGUUAUGACUUUCUUAAAAAUGCCUCAUUUGGCAUUCUUAAGAUGUCAAGCAUCUUCAGAUGCAUAUAACUGUCUUAAGAAUGUCAACUUUCUUGAAAAUGCUUUUGACAUUCUUAAGACAGUCAUUUCCAACUUAAUUUCACAUUCUUGACAGUCACAUCCAACUUAAUUUGACACGUCAAGCAUUCUUAAGACAGUUAUAUCUGGCUUAAGUUAACUAUCUUCAGAUGGAUAUAACUGUUUUAAAAAUGCCUCAUUUGACAUUCUAAGAUUUCUAUCUUAAUUUGACAUUCUUGACAGUCAAAUCCAACUUAAUUUGACAUGUCAAGCAUUUUUAAAACAGUUAUAUCUAGCUAUAACUGCUUUUAAUAAUAUCAAAAGCUGAAUAUAACUGUCUUAAGAAUGUCAACCUGGGCUAGAUUUAACUUUUUUGAAAAUGCUUUUGACAUUCUUAAAACAGUAAUUUCUAACUUUAUUUAACAUUCUUAUAUCUAACUGAAUUUCACAUUCUUGACAGUCAAAUUAAUUUGACAUUUCAAGAAUUCUUAAAACACUUAUAUCUAGCUAUAACUGUUUUUUAAUAAUAUCAAAAGCUGAAUAUAACUGUCUUAAAAAUGUCAACCUGAAUUAGAUAUAUCAUAUCUGGUUUAAUUUGACAUUCUAAAAACAUUCAUAUCUAGCUAUAUUUAACAUUCUUAAGAUAAAUAUAACUGGUUUUAAAAUAUCAACUUAAUCUUAAUAUAACUGCCUUAAGAAUGCCUCGUUUGACAUUCUUAAGACAGUUAUAUUUAGCUUGGGUUGGCAUAUUAUUUAAGACAGUCAUACCUAGCUUAUGUGGACAUUUUUAAAACCUAGUUAAUCCAGAUAAAACUUUCUUAAAAGUUUCAAAUUAAGUUAAACAUAACUACCUGGAUUAAAUUUAAAUGUCUUAAAAAUGCCUUAUUUGACAUUCUUAUGACAGUCAAGUUUGAUAUGACUGUCUUCAGCUAAAUUGACUGUCUUAAAAUAGAUAAAACCUAAACAAUAUAUAACUGUCUUAAAAAUCCCUAAUUUUUAAAACAGUUUCAUAUAGCUUUUAAGAAUGUUAAUUGUCUUAAAAUAAAUAGAUAGAUGACAUUCUAAAAAUCUAUAUAUAAAUGUCUUAAAAUUUUCAAAUUAGGCAUUUUUUUAAGACAGUUAUGUCUUGCUUAGUUUAACAUUCUUAAGACAAUUAAUUAUAUCUUAUUUUGGCAUGUUUAAAACAAUUUAUUUAAGCUAGAUAUAACUGUCUAAAGAAUGUCAACUAAAGACCAAUAUAACUGUCUUAAGGAUAUCAACCUAAGCAAGAUAUAACUCUUAAAAAUACAUAAUUUAAAAUUUUUAACUAUGUUUUAUAAAACUUUUAAGAAUGUUAACUGUCUUAAGAUACAUAAUAUUCUUGGAAGCUAUAUAAAGUUGUCUUAAAAAUUUCGAAUUAUGCAUUUUGAAAACGGUUAUAUCUUGCUUAAGUUGACAUUUUACUGUUUUAAAAAUGUCAGUUAUAACUGUCUUGUGAUAUAAUUUAAGAAUGUCAACUUUAGCUAAAUGCCUCAUUUGACAUUCUUAAAACAGUUGUUUUAAUUUGACAUUCCUAGGACAGUAAUAUCUGACUUAAUUUAACAUUUUUAGGACAGUCAUAUCUAACUAAAUUCUUAUAUUCUUAAGACAGUCAUAUCUAGCUUAGGUUGACAUUUUUAGAACAGUUAAUAGUAAUAGUAACUGUCUUAAGAAUAUCAAACUAAGCAAGAUCACAUAUCAGAGUGCGUGCAUAAUUUUACAGUUAGAAAUACCUUUUAGGAAUGUCAAAUUAAGCUAGAUAUAACUGUCUUAAAAUGCAUUAUUUAAAAUAUUUAAAAUAAUUUCAUAUAUCUUCUUAGAAUGUUAACUGUCUUAACAUAGAUGACAUUCUUAGAAACUAUAUAAAGUUGUCUUAAAAAUUUGAAAUUAUACAUUUUUAAGACAGUUAUGUCUAGCUUAAAUUAACUGUUUUAAAAAUGUAAGUUACAGCUGUCUUAAGAUAGAUAUAGCUGUAAUGGGAAUGCCUUAUAAAAAAGUUAUAUUUAUCUUAAUUUUGCAUUCUUAAGACAAUUUUACAUUUUUUAGGCAAGUAUAUCUAGCCUAAUUCGACUUACUACAAUAGCAAUACAAACUGCUUGGUAUAAAAAAUAUUCAAUCAAAUCAAAGUUUAAUUCCACAAGACAUACAGUGGUGCCGAAUUUCGCGCGAUGUUGCCAAAUUUCGGCGACGUUUUCGCGCCCGCAGCCACGCACACAAAGUGUUGUUUGUUGGGUCGACUGAUUUAAAAUUAUAUUAUGAUUAAUAUUACUGUUAAGUGCUAGUGCUAUACAUAUAAUACGUAGUAUAUAUAAAUGAGUAAAAAAAAAGAGACACUUGUUAACUAUUUGGGGGUGUAUAACACUUGUUAUUUAAUGUUUAAGAAGAGUACGUUUUUUGUAUAUAAAAACUCGCGUGAGACACAAAUUGUUGAUUUUUUUUUUCUGUUUAGUUUCUUGUCUCUGUGAUAUAUAUUGUAAAAGGAAAAGCAAAGGUUGCCAGACGAAAAUUAGAGGGAACGAAAUUUUUCGUUGUUUUUCGUUGCGUUUGUUUCGUUGAGGAAAAAAACAGUGAGAAAAAAAUUUGCUCAAAAAACUGUCUCGAAAAAUUUAAUCGUUUUUUUUACUUGUUGGGCUGUGAGACGUCGUUGAAAUAAAAACUAAAACGAAUCAAAGUUAUUGAAGCCUAAAAGUUUGUUUUUUCGUUCUCUAUUCUAUAGUAUAUACAUACACACAUAAUAAUAUAUAUAUUUAAGAAAUUAUUAAAUAUUUUCCAAAGUUAGAGCAUAGAGAUUAGUUUUUAAGGAGUAUUUAGUAAUUUAUUUAUUAGUAACGUACGACAUACAAUUAAUUAACAAUAAAAAGUAGGGUGUAAGUUUAUUUUGGCCAAAAAAACACUUCAUGAUCUCCGUAUCAAAAAAUGUACGAAAAUGUAUAAAAAAAAAUGUACCUGCAGAAAAAUGUACAUAUUUUGUUAUCUAUUGUUAACAUUUACGAAAUUUUAUAUGAAACCUGUUGAUUUUGCGGCCCGAAAAAUAAACGGGCCCCCUUUACGGCCAAUUUAUUUAAGUUGUAAACGUUAGACGCAAGAAAGGCCUAACUAAAAAAAAAAAUAAAAGUGUCACAUUGAGAGCAAUAUUGAACAACGUCAAUUUGAUUUUUUGUAAAUAUCGAAAAGUAUCUGCUCUAUACAAAGGUUGUGCUAUGAUAUAAAACAUAGUUGGGGCGUUUAAAACGCCCCGCGCAAAUUUGGCGACUUGGGCGGGAAAAGUAAUUUUGGUGUCUUUAACUGCAUGCUGAUGGUAAACUACAUAGUUUUUAUUUUAUUAUUAAAUUACGCCAAAGUCGCCAAAAUUGUACCUAGAUACGUGUAGUUCCCCCGUAAUACAUAAUUAAAAUAAUUAUAAAAAAAGGUUAAAGCCAAAAUUUUGUGAUAGAAAAUAAAAUAAUAAUACAUUACUUUUGUGUUCAAAUAUUAUUAUUGUUACAUUAUAAAAAGGGGCUAUUAUUAUAUAUAAUAGAUAUAUUAAAAAAUCGAAUAACGUAGAUAUAACGUAUAUAAUAAGGCGAAACGAGCAGACCUACUCAGAUCUGCACCUUGGACUAAAAAAAAUUAAAAAAAAAUAAUACGUCUGCAAUAUUUUGAAAUAAGAAGACAUUACUUAAAUAAACCAGUGAGAAAUAUUUAUUAUUAAAUAUAAAUAAGUAUAUAAGUUUACUCUGUAAGGCUAUAUGUACAAAAAAUCAAGAUAAUAAAUAUUAUAAAUAAGAAACACUGCAUUUUAUUGUUUGACAUAACAACUUUCAGAAUUUUCGUCGCAAUUCUCGAAUUGCUGCACGUUGCCCAACUUUGCAUUACUUUUGUCUAUGCACGCACAUCUGUAGUCUUUCGCUCCGGCUUCGUACAAUUUUCGGGGUUUUCCCACCCAGUUUCUGUGAAUCCCAC